AUGCAUCGAACAAUCGGAAGUCAAAGUCUUUACGCAAAUGCCCUCCAAGCUGCCGCUCUAGGGGGGCACAUGGACGUGGUAACAAAGCUCUUCGAGAAAGGCGCAGAUGUCAAUUUUCGAGGAGGGGAGUAUGGAAACUUACUCCAAGCUGCUGCUGUGGGAGGAAAUAUAGACGUCGUGGUAUGGGUCAUUGGGAGAGGGGCAGACGUCAAUGCUCAAGGGGGACCUCACGAAACUGCGCUCCAUGCUGCAUCAAGGAUUGGUUCGAGUGAGGUUGUGACGAGACUUCUCGCUGAAGGGGCUCGUGCAGACAGACAAGACGUCAACGGCUUUUAUCCCCUUCAAAUUGCUCUUCAAGAACGCCACCCCGACAUCGCAAAUCUCCUUCUCCCAAAAAGUACAGCCUUUCUGGCCUCGAUUAAAGCAUCUGACUGGAGACACUAUUAUGGUGACGGCAACGAUCACGUGGAGCUGUACUUCGACCCAAUUCCGGCGGUCAAGAAGAUAUCGGAAAAGGACCUUCGCAACAGAAGUUAUCCUUUCGACGCCUCGGCAAGAUUGACAGACUGCAUGGUCGGAGGUUGCCAAGAUUUCAUGGCAGACGAUAUCGAGUCUAGUCGAAUCUUGUGCGUUUCCUUGCUACACUGA